CAAAACCAUGUGGACAGCCUUCCUCCAUAGCAUUGUAUUGAGUUUCGUUUUAGAGAGGCACUUAUAACCAGAAAAUGGAACAGAAAUUAUCGAAAACGGAGACAAUUCAUUUGAGAAAGAAACAUAUAAGUGAAGCAUGUCAGCUGUUUUUUAAAGAGGACCCUUUGAAGAUUGUGAGGGCGACUGGACAGUACAUGAUUGAUGAGGAUGGAAAUUCCUAUCUGGACUGUAUCAACAAUGUCUGCCACGUCGGCCAUUGUCAUCCCUAUGUGGCGGAGGAGGCUUGUAAACAAAUCAAAACUCUCAAUACAAACAGUCGCUAUCUCCAUGACAACCUGGUGCUUCUGGCCAAGAAGAUCACAGCGACACUGCCAGAGAAACUCUCCGUGGUCUACCUGGUGAAUUCUGGGUCUGAGGCUAAUGACUUGGCUAUCCGUCUGGCUCGACAUUACACCAGAGGGACUGAAAUGAUCACACUGGACCAUGCCUACCAUGGUCACCUGAGUUCUGUGAUGGACAUUAGCCCAUACAAACUCCACACAAAUGUGGACGGAUCACACACAAAACCUGAACAUGUCCAUAUUGUGCCUUGUCCAGAUGCUUAUAGAGGUAAAUAUUGUGAUAAUCAGUACUCACAGACCGAAGUCAGCCAGAAGUAUGCCGAUGAAGUCAAGGACGUCAUCAACAAAAUUCACCAGCAGGGAAAGAAAGUCAGUUUUUACAUAGCAGAGUCCAUGCAGAGCUGUGGGGGUCAAAUCAUAAUGCCAGAGGGCUACCUGAAGCAAGUCUACAAGUACGUCCAUGAUGCUGGGGGUGUUUGUAUAGCUGAUGAGGUCCAGGUAGGAUUUGGUCGGGUGGGCUCACAUUUCUGGGCCUUUCAACCUGAGGGAGUUGAACCAGACAUAGUGACUAUGGGUAAACCAAUGGGAAAUGGGCACCCUGUGGCUGCCGUGGUGACCACACAGGAAAUAUCUGACAAGUUCAAGGCCUCUGGAAUGCAGUACUUUAAUACAUAUGGUGGUAAUCCUGUGUCGUGCGCAGUGGCUCUUGCAGUACUCCACGUUAUCGAGGAGGAGGGACUCCAGGAGCAUGCCCAGAGAGUGGGAAACUACUGGAUAAACAAAGUCACGGAACUAAAGCAGCAAUUCCCCAUCAUUGGGGAUGUCAGGGGUCGUGGUUUGUUUCUUGGGAUUGACCUUGUGAAGGAUUGUAAGACCCGGGAGCCAGCCACACAGGAAGCACAGACAGUGGUCAGAAGAAUGAAAGAGGAGGCCAGAAUUCUUAUUAGUUCUGAUGGACCACACAACAAUGUCCUCAAAACCAAACCACCAAUGUGUUUCAGCGAGGAGAACGUUGACUUAUUCUGCUCCAAACUCUCGGAGAUUCUGACGGAUCUUCAGACAGAUGAGAUCAAAACUGUACUGAAGGACAUGAUAGAAGAUGUGGAGAAGACGUCCAGUACAAUAGACGUCAACAGAAAUCAGUCCGCCAGCGAGUGGGGCAUGACUGCCGCUGUCUUCUAGUCAAACUCAAGUCAAAUAUUUGGUGAAGGUUUAAUCAUAAACAGAUCUGUACAUAGGUGAUUGGAGGAUCGUUUCAAUGCCUUUUAUAAAGGUGUUUUGUGUACAUCUUGCUGCAAUGCAACAUGUAUCAAUGCAGGAAUAAACUGUUGUUAAUUUUUAAGCAAAUUCUGUAUUACAUAUUCCAUAUUUUCAGAACCACUAUUAAAAUUGAAUUUUUUUUAUAGUAGUUUCACUUUGACAAUACUUACUGUCCGUUGCCUGGAAAUGGAAUGUUUUGGUUGUUGUUAAAUGUGUAGACCUGUAUUAUUUAGUAAAGUAUACCUCUUGAUUCCCUCAGGUAUUUAUAUAUUGUUAAUUGUCGAUAUCAAACCAAACAGCAUCUACAGCAAUCUUUUUGUUAUUUAUCUUGGUUAGAUUGAAAACCAACCUAUUCCCUCCUUAGUUUUUUUUUCCAGAUGUUUUUACUGAAAAAUAAUAAAAAUGAGUUAAUUCUUUUUGAGAAGCUGAAAGCUUUAGAGAUGUGAUUGCUAGUAUCAGGCCCUAGGUCUUAUUGAUUUGGAUUUAAAAUAUAUUUUAUUCAAAUCAAUGAAAUGGAUUGAAUAGCAGGCAUAAAUGCCUAUGAUCGUUCUCUCUAUAAAACAUAGGUCUUAUUGAUGUGAGGUGAUUCUCUGUUUCUUCAGCACAGCUGUAAUAUUAAGGGUUAUUUAUUUAAACAAGCACAAAUCUUAGAUUUGUUCUAAGGUCCUUGUAUUGUUGAAAGGUAGCUAUUGUUACCUUUGUUAGAUGUUGCCAUAAAAUGUUUUAGUUUGUACGCUAUACAGCUUUGAUUAGAGUCUGUUUUAGAAAUAAAGGUUUUAUUUUUUAGUGUA